AUGUCAGAACACGAGUCAGACGCUUCAUCAUUUGAUACAACAAAUUCGAGCACACAAACAAAUAUUUUCCUAAAACUUUCACCAAAUGGUCAUAUAUUUGCUGAUUGGAGUGAUUUACCACGACAUCCAACUGUUCGACAAUGUGUUAUACAUUACAAAAGUUUAAAUAAUAAUCGAAGUCAUGCGCUACGUGUAUCACAUAAAAAAAAUAAUGGUUAUUUGAAAAAAAUUGAAACAGGUCAUCGAUAUGAAGUACAUGUAUGUGCUGUUGAUAAUUCAAAUAAAAUUCUAGCCUCAACUCAACGUGCUCAAAUACAAACAAUAGCAUGUAAUGAAGCUCCAAGACUACGUGUGACAAAAUCAUCGCCAGAUUCUAUUUGGCUUGAAUGGGAAAAGCCUGAUGAGGUUAAAUUAUCUGAUAUUACGACAUAUAAAAUAAAAAUAAAUGGUCUAACACAAAUAUGUGUACCACCAACAGAAAACAGAUACGUUAUUAAUGAUGGUAAAUCAGGAGAACGAUAUAUUUUUCAAAUAGAAAUGAUUCGAAGUGAUGGAAAAAAAAAUUCCUCAAUUCCAGUUAGUAUUAAUUGGCCAUGUGUAACACUACCGAAAUGUCAUGCAAUUGUAAAUGGUAGUGAUGAAUUGAUUUUUUGUUGGGGAGAUUCAAUUUCAAUUAAUGAUGGAAAUAUUGAAUCGUAUACGCUUCAUUUAUAUGAUUCUAAAGAAAAUUUAUUGAGUAAAUGUGGUCCAUAUUCUCCUGAAUGUCGUCAAAUAUGGAUCAAAGAUGUAGCAAAAGGUGUUUAUAAUUAUAUACUUGAAAUAAAACUUGCUAAUUCAAAUAAAUCUAUAUAUUCUAUACCUAUGAAAAUUGAAUGUGGAAGAGAAUCAAGAUUACCAAUAUUAACAUAUAAUUAUACUGAUUCCAGUAAUGAAAAACAAUUAGUUAAUAUGAUUUAUCAUUUAAUUAAUAUUCGAGAUAAUAUGAAAUCAAAACGUUUCUUUGAUAAAUGUGAUAAUCAACUUCAGCAAAUCUUAUCUAUAUUAACUCAUCUAACAGAUUCUAUUCGUCUUAAUUUAAUGAUUGAAUCAAACUCAAAUAAAAGUGCUUUAAAAACUUAUCAAUUAAUUAUUGAUAAUCAAGAAUGUAAUAAACCUAUACCUGGAUCUGUUAAAGAAUAUCCAUUAGAAUUGCCAAGAAGAGAUAAACCUUAUGAAAUAGCUAUUUCCGUAACACCAGAUUUUGAUGGAAUAAAAUCAAAGAAAAUUGUAGUUGAAGCAUCUGGUCAAUUAUCAUUCUUUUGUAUGCAUUUUGAUCAACGACAAUCAGCUGAAAGUUGUUUUUAUGUGGAUACAUUACCUCGUGAAAAACAAUCCAUACAUCAAGGAUUAUUAAAAUCUCCGCAAAUAAUGAAUAAUAUUGAAGUUUAUGAUAUAAAUGAAAAUAAAAUCAUUCGGUUACCAUCAGAAGGUAGAGCACGUCGAUUAAGUAUACUUUUCUUUUAUAUUAAUCAAUGUAUACCAUCAAUGAAUCAUCUUGAAUAUUUUUCUAACUAUGCAUCAAAUAAUCGUGCACAAUAUAAUUAUCUAUCAAUUAAUUGUACACAAAUGGAUAUUGAUGAUUUAAAAGAAACUACCAAAGAUUUAACUGAUAUUCAAUGUUAUACUGAUUUUUCAUCAGAAGAUUUUGAAUAUGAAGAAAAACAUAAUGAUAAACCAAUACAUGAAAUAUUAGAAAUUGAUGGCGUACCUAUGUAUUUUAUUUUAGAUUUUUCAAAUCGUAUUGUUUGGAAAGGACGUUUAUGUAUUCAAGAUCAAUCAGAAUAUGAUUCUGCAAUGAAUCAUAUAAUUACUGAAGUUAAUCAAAUCAAAUGUUCACCAGAUAAAUGUAAACUUUGCCAAUACUGUUCAAUGGAUGAAAAUCGUAUUAAAUCGGAAUUAAAUACGAUAGAUCGUGACCUUCAAUAUCUUUUACAACAACGAUUUUCUCAAUCAGCAAAAAAACAACAAGAUGGAGAAAAACAAAAUAAAAAAAGACAAAUUGUAUCAAUGAAGAACAUAUCAAAUAACAAAAAAGAUAAUCGAUAUCAUUAA